UCGCAUUUUUUAAACGUCAGAAAUUGUUGUCAAACAGAUUUGUUUAGGAACUUAUGCUUGGAAUAAGUGGAAAAUGGCCCAGAAUGACAGACUAGCGGUAUUCCCUUCACGGGCCAACUCGGUCCUGAUGAAGCAGCGUAUCUUAUCGGCCAAACGAGGCAUGGGUCUGCUCAAACGAAAACGAGAUGCCAUUGAUAUGCAGUUACGUGAUAUCCGAAGACGGAUGAUGGAUCACGAAGAGAAAGUAGACGAGAAAAUGCGUAAAGCGAUAUUUUCAGUGGCUAAAGCAAAUCUGCUGGGAGCAGAUUUUAAGCCGCUGAUUGUGGCCGACAGCAGCAGAUCGGCCAAGACCAGUAUACGCCGCAAUCAACAAAAGAUUGUGGGCGUAACCCUUAACAAUUUCGUACUAGAUACAAAUCAAGAUGGGGACGAGGCAUUUCCCAUGGCAGGUCUCAGUUGUGGCGGCGUUCAGGUGAAAACUAUGCGCAGUAACUUUUACGAUGCCCUUGUCGAACUCGUCGAGUACGCCUCAAUGGAGUACAUGGUCCGCAUGCUGAAGGAGGCUUCGCAUCAAACAAAUAUGCGAGUAAAUGCUCUCGAUCACAUUCUCAUACCACGGCUAGUUAACACUCACACGUACAUUACGGGUGAACUGGAGGAGUAUGAACGCGAGGACUUUUAUCGCUUGAAGCGAUCCCAAGCCAAGCAGCUGGAGGCUAAAAUAGCCUUCAGCGAAUUAAUCAAGACGAAGAAUAUGACCACCGAUGAGUUGACCGACUAUAGAAAGCGAGGCACCUUUGUUCAUCCCGUUGCCGAUGUGCAUUUCGACUCGGAUGAGUUUAACGAGCAAAUUGUUAGGGAGCGUUUGGUAAGGGCUCGAUUGGAGAGACAUAUCCGUCGUGCCCAGGAGCGCGCCGAUGCUGAUAGUGAUACUGUAUAUCCAGUUGCCAGCUCCUUCAUUACUACGCAUAGUAUUCUCCAAUUUAUACAACAAACUGCCAGGGCACGUGAUCCCUACUCAAGUCGUGGAUCAUUGUACAGCAAUAAACGUAUGCUCUUGGAGACAAAGAUAACUCGGCCUGCUAGAAAAUCCAAUCUAAUCUCCCAACCUCUCUCAUCAAGUUCAUCGGACAGUGAUGACAGUGAUUAGGAAAUUGGCCUCUAAAGCACCUUAAUUCCAAGCAUAAAUUGUAAAAUUCA